AUGGGGAAAGGCCCCACAAAGAACAUUCUCAACCCACAGUUCGUCUUCGUCAACAAGGAUGCCAAUUCGAAGUCCUUGACAAGUAGCGAAGGCCCGGAGAAGCAGACCAUUUAUGGACAUGUGCGCCGUCAUAUGGUCAAGCCUGCACUCAAGGAAGAGGCAGCUUUCGACCAGACUUAUACGCCAUCAAAGCCAAACGGUGUCAGAAAUCGAACACGGAAGAAUGUCAGGCAUGACAAGCGUAGCCAAAAAGCUGUGGUGCGUAGACGAGUCGUCGAGAACUCAGACCCGUCCGAAGAUGUCCCUGAAGCACAGACGCCAGACACAAUUACGCCGGACUCGCCAAAUGGAAUAGCUCCACCAACAAUCAUCAGGGAGCUUGACACGAACCGAUACGCUCGCUCGUACGAUUAUUUCCAGCAGAUGAUAAUUGCCGAAAGCACAGGAUUUCAUGACCAGAAAUUCUGGAGGGCGUCUCUGCAGAUGAGCAACUCUCACGAAGCUGUCUUUCACGCCUUGACCAGCCUUGGAGCUUACUACGAGAGCUUGACAUCCAUCGAGCCCACGAACCGUAUGGUUGCAAGAGUGACAUCUCACGAGCACUAUGCUCAGGCUGUCGGAGCAAUUUACAAGGCGAGCUACGAGGUAGACUCGAAGCUACGACUUCCGCUCCAUCUAAUAGCUUUUGUCGUCAUCGCUACCAUCGAGAUCUUCAAUAAUGCAGACCUGGCAUAUAACACCCUACAACAUGCUCUCAGGUAUGCACACGAACAAAGCCAACUGAAGUUCACAAACAGCGAAAUGCAAGUUCUGAUGAUGGCAACGGACAUGAUGAAACGAUACAUGAAUCGACUGACGUUGGUCCUGGGUCCGAUGUCGGUUGUCAAGGACCGCUCCGAAAGCGACAGCUCAGAUGAGAUACCAUUAGUACCCUGCAGCUUCGAUUCUUUGCUUCAGGCAAAGGCAUGUCUGCAAAUCAUCUGCGAUUGGUCGUUCAGACGGAAGAAGGAUGUUGCUUUCAUCCCCUCGGUCGAUGUCUUGCAGCAUCAGUGGCUUAGUGCGGUGGACAUGUUCUCUCGGAACUCAGGCUUACAUCCAUUGUCGACGCGGUCACUGAAUCUGCUCAAAAUUUCGAGACUCGCCUCAGCAUGUCUACUGGCGGCGCACUACCUCAGUGGAGCGAGCGACUACGAUGCUUGCUUCACAAUCUUCCGGGAGUUGCUGAACAUCUACCGCGGCGACUUUUCGAUGUCAGGAUCACGUACAAUCUUCCUGAAGGUCUUCGACAUCCACGACAACGUCGCCGAUAUCGUAGACAGGGCGAAGAGAGAUGGCAUAGCCGUGGUCCAACAGGCAGCUUAUGCCCCUCGACCUCCAGAAGGCGAGAACUGGAGCGACUUCUUCUUUGGCAACUCUGCAGGAGAAACAAAUGGCGGCUCAUCGCGGCCAAGAUUGCCGAGAUUGCAGAUACAUGGCUUAGACUUCUACGCACGCACAGGACAAGUACAUGUCCGCUUGAAGCAAGACGGCCAAGAUGAGAUCACAAAUUGGAAGUUCUCGCUGGUGGAUCCCACUUAUGACGCGAGCACGCCAGGGCCUUGA